CACAGAGCAGCAGCUGCUGAGUUGCUCAGACAUGGCGGAGGAUACAGUGUAACUGUGGAUUAGCGGAGGAGUUACGUGAGUUUUCCCAGCAGUGGAGUCGGCAAGGGACGCGUGAAACGAUGCAGAGGAAGAGAAAAACGUGUUCGUCCGAAGCGAACUGUGAGGGGAACCGGAAAACAAGCUGAACUGCUACAAGCUAGUCUAGUGAGAUGGCAAAAUGUAUCGCUGUUUAGUGCAGUCAACAGCCCUGGGCAACAAAUAUGGCUUCUUGUGCCUUUCUCAGUAUGCUAUAAAAAUUGUUCUCCCGUGCGACCUAAUGCCGUGGUGGCUCCGGCGAACUUCUGCAACCCGUGAUAAGUUCAGUUCCGAAAUCGCUCGGUACUUUUGAUCGGAAAGGACCUUCCAUCCACUCCGCCGUCCGCGUUAGCUGGAAAGCUACGGAACUACACCGAAUAGCAAUGGAGCCAAAGCACAAAGAGUUGCUCGACCAGUGCCACCAGAACUUAUUGGAGUCCAUAACCGAUGCAGAUCGAGUUAUCGAGCUGCUCAUCGUUUCUGGUACCUUGACUCAACUCGACAGGUUCGAACUGGACCAGAACUGUUCGUCCAGCGCCGAGAAAGUCGACCACCUAUUGAAGAUGCUGAUGAACAAGGAGAACGACCAUUUCUCCGACCUGUGUGCGGCUCUGGAGAAGGCAUACCCCGACCUGUACGCCUCCCUGUUCGGCCACAACGGUGGGGGACCCGUGGACCACUCCACCGGUUCCACAUACAGCGUUCUCUCCACUAUGCCGUCUGACUCGGAAAGCAGCAGCUCUCUCAGUAGUGUUGGUUCACCUGUUAAUGGUGAAGCUGCUUCGCCUCCGCCCGCCACAAACGACAACCGACACCCAGUUGACAGCCUGGACACCAUCAUACUGCAGCUCCGCCAGGUAACCAGGGAGCGAGAUGAGCUUCGGAAGCGCCUGGCUUUGGCAUCGCCCGGGACCACCUUUGAUGACUGCAGGCCAAAUUCCAAAGCCAGCCAUGACUAUGAGCGUCUGAAGAGUCAGUGCAUGAGGGCGAUGGCAGACCUGCAGUCUCUGCAGAACCAGCAUACCAAAACUCUGAAGCGGUGCGAGGAGGCUGUGAAGGAGGCGGACUUUUAUCACAUGCUGCACAGCCGUGUGUUGGGUGAUCAGACGCAGCUGAAAGAGGAGAUGGAAACACUUAAGAGGGACAAUGCCCAGCUGGUCCGAGAGCAUAACCACCUAAAGCAGAGCUGCGAGGAGCUGAAACGACUGCACAGCCAAGACCAAAAAGAGCUGGCAGACCUUCAGCUGCAGCAACAGCAGGUAAUGAGAGAGAAUGGAUCAUCAGAGGUGUUAAAUAAGCUUUAUGACACAGCUAUGGACAAGCUUGAAGGUGUAAAGAAGGAGUACGACGCCCUGAGCAAGCGCUACAGCGAGAAAGUGGCUAACCACAACACGGACCUGAGUCGCUUGGAACAGGCGGAGGAAGAGAACCGGCGGCUGCAGAAACAGAUGGAUGCUUUACUGAAGCAGAGAGACUCAGCCAUGCAUUACCAACAGCAGUACUCUACCUCAAUGAGGAGGUUUGACUCGGUUCAGCAGGAGCUAAACAAGUUGUCGGCUCAGAACAAAGAGCUGCAGAGGGAAAUGGAACGACUACAGUCAGAAGUGACGCGCUACAAGAAUUUACAGCUCAAAGCGGCCAAGGACUGCGAGAAGUACAAGGAUGAGCGGGAUUCUGUGUUCAACGAGUAUCGCCUCAUCAUGAGCGAGAGGGACCAGGUUAUCAAGGAGCUGGAUAAGCUGCAGACUGAACUGGAGGCAGCAGAGGCCCGACUGAAAAACACUUCUUCUGAGCGAGUUGUGGCGAGUGAAGAGUUGGAGGCACUCAGACAGGAGCUGAACUCCUCACUGGUGGACCGUGACCGGGCCAUCUGUGAGAGAAACGAGCUUUUGGAGAAGUACUGUCAUGAAGUGAAGGACAAAGCGGAAGCCCAAAAAGAGCUGAGUCAGGCCUGCAAGGACAUCGAGACGGUUCGGGAGGAGAGGGACGUGGCCCGCAAAGAGAGAACCGAGGCCAUUAUUCAAAGGGAUCAGCUGCUCCGAGAAUACUACCAAGCCAGACAAAAACAAGACUCCGCCACCUUGGACAUGGAACGAGCCAAUAAGGAGAUCGAGAUGCUGAGGAAACAAUAUGAAGCCAUGUCUCAGGAACUGAAGGAGGCUACUCAGGAGGCUGAGGUGGCCAAAUGUCGAAGGGACUGGGCCUUCCAGGAGCGGGACAAAAUAGUGGCAGAGAGGGAAAGCAUAAGGACUCUGUGUGAUAACUUACGGCGAGAAAGGGACCGGGCAGUCAGCGAUCUGGCCGACGCUCUGCGUAACUUGGAUGACAUGAGGAAGCAGAAAAACGAUGCAAUAAGAGAGCUGAAAGAGCUAAAGGAGAAAAUGGAGACCCAGCUGGAGAAAGAGGCCCGGUUCUGUCAGCUGAUGGCCCACAGCUCUCACGACUCUGCCAUAGACACAGACUCCAUGGAGUGGGAGACGGAGGUGGUGGAGUUUGAGAAGGGCAGAGAUGACAUGGAUUUGAAGGCACUUGGGUUUGACAUCGCUGAGGGGGUAAAUGAUCCAUAUUUACCAGGAGAUUGUGGAAUAUUUGUUACAAGGGUGGACAAAGGAAGUGUAGCAGAUGGAAGGUUAAGGGUUAACGAUUGGUUGUUGAAGAUUAAUGACAUUGACUUGACAAAUAAGGACAGGAAGCAGGUGGUAAAGGCUGUCCUUAAUGGAGGAGGACUGAUCAACAUGGUGGUACGAAGAAGGAAGUCUCUUGGAGGACGCCUGGUCACCCCUGUUCACAUCAAUCUUAUUGGACAUAAAGACAGUGGAAUUGGUCUGGAAAGCGGGGUGUUUGUUGCCGCCAUUGUUCAGGGGAGUCCUGCAGCCAAGGAGGGUUCGCUUACUGUCGGAGAUCGACUUAUUGCAAUAAAUGGAAUUGCUCUGGAUAACAAGUCUGUGACGGAGUGUGAGGCUCUGUUGAGGAGCUGUAGGGACUCUCUGAGCCUUUCUCUCAUGAAGUUUUUCCCUCACAGCACAUCGGGACAGAACAUCUAUGAGAGUCUGCGAGAAUCAUGCGAUAAGUCCAAUGGGCGCAUCCACCUGUCAGAGAUACACUCCAGGAACAGCCGCAAUCUCAAACACAACAGUUCCACCCAGACCGACAUCUUCUGCCCUGACCUUGGAAGUGCGAGCACAAGUAGCAUGUCAGGGGAGAGGAGGAAGGUCAGAGCGGAAUCUGAAAAUAUGUACGGCGACACGAACAAACCCUUUUCCACGGGUUCCCUUCACGCCACUGGCCUUCGGCCAAUGUCUGACUUGGGAUCUGGUCGUUAUGGGCCCAGUGCUUUCCAGGAGUGCUGUCCAUACACAAAAGGACCUUCAUCUUUGCCAUUUGAGCCCGUCUCUCCCUCUGAGUGCCUCACUAUGGAGACAGCUCUGGAAAAGAAGCACAGUGGGGGCACUUGGCCUAAAAUGAUGGUGGGAGGCAUGUCGGUUGCUCCCGAUAACUCCAGUCCCAUCACAACAGCCACCCAACUUUCCAUCUAUAAAUCCCCCAAGCAGAGAAAGUCCAUCUUCGAUCCAGACACUUUCAAGCGGCCUGAAACUCCUUCGUCUAAGAUGGAGUACAUGGCGGCCAAUCAGAUUUCUGCCGUUGCUGCAGCUGCAGCCUCACACUCUUCUCAGUCGUCCAAGACCGAGUCUUUGUCCUCUUCAUCCACUGCGACACCAACACCUCCAACCCCUCCCACCCGCAGCGACUCCUUCAAAUUCAAACACAAACAUCAAAGCAGCUCCGCCUCCGACUGCACCAUCACCUCAGAUGGCAAGGGGGAGGCGGUCAUCCCUGUGGCCGCGGGAGACAGGGAGAGAAGUGAGCGGGAACGAGACCGCAACGGAAACCACUACUUCUUGGAAGGCAAGGUCCUGACUUCACGAAAGUCAUGUGAUGAAGACAUCGGGCGGACCAGAGGGGAGGAGCCAGAGGUGAAGAGGCCUCGUCCUAAAUCUGCUCCAGCCCUUCGGCGUAGGAUGACUCCCCAAACCAUAACUCUUCCCACUUUUCAAAGCUACUCGAAUGACGAGCAUUCACCAGAACCCAGGGACAUGCUGCGUUCCUCCCCGGGCCGCUCUCAUAGACACAGUGUGGCCUUUGUGCCCACAGCUUACAAUGGCACCUUACCUCCCAAUUCGGCCCACCGGGGACUGUCCCCUUGUCCUGCAGUGACUGCUGUGAUGAGGAAUCCGGUGUACACCGUUCGCAGCCAUCGCGUUUACACCAGCAACUGUCCGUCUGUGGCGUCUCAGAUCUGUCACCAGCACAGUCACACCAGCCCGCAGCACCAGGGCCGACUGAGUUUGGACCUGAGCCAGCAGAAGCGCGCUGGCGACUUCUCUGAAAGCUCGUCGUCCCGCAGCAGCAGAGCUUCUCACGGUACAAACUCACUGCCCUCCAGUGCACGGCUCGGUUCCUCCAGUAAUGUUCAAUACCGCACAGAGAGGAUCAAAAUCCCCUCCACUCCACGCUACCCACGCUCCAUGCUGGGCUCGGACAGAGGCUCCCUCUCACACUCAGAGUGCAGCAGUCCGAGUCUCAUCACGCCUCCUCAAUCUCCUCUUAAUCUGGAGACUUCCUCGUUUGCCAGCAGCCAAUCACAGGGCUCGGUUUCCACUUUACCCCGGAUCUCAGUCAGUCCUGUGCCAAUAGGGGAGCGCAGGAAAGACCGAUCUCUUUACCGUAAUCGCUCUUUUCUAAGGAUUCCUCUGGCUGCAAGGCCGAGGUUCUCCUCUCUCAGGAGCCUCAGACCAUACCUGGAGGAACCACGCAACGUCAUAGUGCACAAGGGUGCAGAGCCUCUUGGCAUCUCCAUUGUCAGUGGGGAGAACGGUGGAAUCUUUGUUUCUAAAGUCACUGGUGGUAGCAUUGCCCACCAGGCCGGGUUGGAGUAUGGAGACCAGCUGCUAGAGUUCAACGGCAUCAACUUGAGGAACGCUACAGAACAGCAGGCGCGCCUCAUCAUUGGCCAGCAGUGUGACACCAUCACCAUUAUGGCUCAGUACAACCCCCACAUGUACCAGCUGGGCAACCACUCUCGCUCCAGCUCUCGCCUGGAGCCGGUCAGCAAUCAGUCAACCCCCCAGGGCAGCGGUGCCGCUACGCCUGACAAUCACUCCACCAUUGAUACCCUCAGUGAGCAGGACGAGGGAACACUCACCCCUUCCUCCAAGCAGACCACACCCACUACCAGCCCCCACAAUUUCAUCAGAAUGCCAUCAGAGGGCAGCAGGAAAGUGGCUGAGCCCCGUCUGGUUACGGUGCACCGGCCUGGGGUGGAAGUGGGAGUCACGCUGUGUGGGGGUAAUCUGCGGGGUGUUUACAUAGAGAGUGUGGAUGAAGACAGUCCUGCCAGAGGCUCUGAGGGGCUUCUCGCUGGAGAUCUCAUUUUGGAAUAUAACUUGGUGAAUAUGAAGAAUAAAACAGCAGAGGAGGUGUAUGUGGAGAUGCUGAAGCCAGCAGAGACCGUCACCUUCAAGGUGCAGCAUCGGCCUGAUGACUUCAGCAUGAUCAAAGAUGUCCCGGGGGAUGGCUUUUACGUUAGAGCACUUUACGACAGAUUUGGGGAGGCUGAGGGGGACCUCAAUUUCAAGAAAGAUGACAUCCUGUAUGUGGACGAGUCUCUGCCAAAGGGCAGCUUUGGAACAUGGAUGGCCUGGCAGCUGGAUGAGAACGCACAGAAGAUCCAGAGAGGACAAAUCCCCAGCAAAUACAUGAUGGACCAAGAGUUUUACCGCAGACACAGUGUGACAGAAAUGAAAGAAGAUUCCAGUAAGGCGCUCUCUGCAGCAGCCCGCAGGUCCUUUUUCAGGAGGAAACAGAAACACAAACGAAGCAGCUCCAAAGACAGCAAGGAGACGGUGGCUUUGGACACCAUCAGCACCGACUCCAUCCCUUUCUUUGACGACUGUAUCAGCCUGGCUUACCAGCGAGUCCAGAAAGUGGAGUGCACCUCUCCCCGACCAGUGCUCAUUCUUGGGCCUCUCAGUGACCCUGUGAAAGAGAUGCUGAUGAAAGAAUCUCCUGGGAAGUUCUGCAGAUGUGUACUUGAGGUAAUGAAGGCAUCGCAGCAAGCUAUAGAGCGCGGCGUCAAAGAUUGCCUCUUUAUUGACUACAAGCGAAGAAGUGGACAUUUUGACGUGACAACUGUCGCUUCUAUAAAAGAAAUAACAGAUAAGGGCUGCCACUGUCUGCUUGAGAUUGCCCCGCACGCCAUCGAAAGACUCCACAGCGUUCAGAUUUACCCCAUUGUCGUCUUCAUCCGCUACAAAAACGCCAAACAGAUCAAGGAGCAGAAAGAUCCAAUUUAUCUGCGAGACAAAGUGUCUCAAAAACAUUCCAAGGAGCAGUUUGAGUGUGCGCAGAAAAUAGAGCAAGAGUACAGCAAAUUUUUCACAGGUAUUGUCCAAGGCGGCACCCUCCCGUACAUUUGCACUCAGAUCAUCACUAUAGUUGAUCAAGAACAAAGUAAAGUCCUGUGGACUCCACUUGGCUGCCCCUAGAGGGAACAGGCUGCCACUACAGUGAGCUGUGUCUCCUCUCCAUUCCCUAAAUUUUAUUUUAUUUUUAAUUUUUUUUUUUUUUUGCGCUAUUACACUACAAUGGGCUAGUUGUGCAAAUUGCUAGUUUAGAAAUAUUGGUAUGGUUUGUUACCAGAGCCUCUUUUUAUUUCUGACAAACUCCAGAGCGGUUAGUAGCACUGAAUAUCAACGUUCAAGUUCAGUCUUCCUUAAGGAUUUCUGGUGGGGUAUUUGUAAUGCUGCAUUGUAAGCGUCUGUUUACAGCCUCAAUUUAAGCCUGAAUUGAUGUUCAAUAUUAGCUUGAAUGCGUGUCUGCUUCCCCUUCAUAAACCUCAACACUAAUGAAGUUCAGUAACCUUUGUAAACUAAUUGAAUUAUUAUUUUUUUGCAAGUAUGCAUCCAUGUAAUGACUGACAACUUUUUAUUUUUUACUUUUAACUUUAUGGAACUAGAAUGACAAAAUGGAUCAUGGUUGUUAGCAUCUGUCUGGAUCAGACUUGUGGCGUUUUGUCCCUAAAGUCCAUCAAACCUCCUCAAAUGUAGCUGUGGUCUGGCUGAAGCCGCAUGCCAGCAGCCGUCGCUGGCUCUAUGCAUCUGUAGCAGCUGGGUGAGUGGACGGUUAAAGGGCCUUUCAGAAGUGCCUUUGGAGAAGAAACCUGAUCUGAAACCAGCCUUUGGGUCUCUGCAAUAGAACGUACCAUUUAAAGUUUUCUCCCGUUCUAGACUUGGAUCCGCGUUUCUCAUUUCCUGCUCUCCUAGGAUGUUGUUCAUGUUUCCUUGCACACCUGGUGCAUCUCAAUGCAGUGUGCUGUUGCAGGGAAAUGGGUAAAUCAUGCAGGCCAGUGGCUUCAGAGGACCAGGACUUAGACACUCUGCAUUCAAUUAUUUUUGCAGCCAAUUUGAAGGUGCAGUCUUGAGCACAUGGGACUGGAGAGACUUGAGGAGUCAGCAGAAGCACUGACUAGCAGGUUCACUUCUCAGAACGCACUCCAGGGCUAGACAGACCACUGUGUUACUAUCAGUCAAUCUCUUUAACAUAUAUUUAUCAAUUAUGAAAUAAAACCAUAUACAGUAUGUAGAUAAACCAGGAAAAAAAAGAUAUAUGGCUACAUAUUAAAUGUAUUUUUACUAGGUUAUAUGCCUAGGUAUGUCUGGUUUUCAACUCAUGUUGUAGCAGGUAUUUACAUGCUUUUAUUAUUAUUUUUUAAUUGUAGUUGGUUGUCAGUCACCUAUUGAUGUACAAAUAAGACACACAAUUUGCAGGGUAACACCUUCAAGCAUUUUUCCUUUGUUCCAUUUAAGUGUUAGUGACUCUCUUUAUUGCUGUUUCAUAUUUUUAUAAUACAGGAAACAAAAAUAUUAAUGAAAAACUUUUAAAAAAAAUGCUGCCCUUCCUCUAAACCAUAUCCUGUAUAUCUUAAUGUGCCAAAAUACACUAAGGCAACUUUAUCCUUUUAUUUUGCACUUGUUUCUCUGUGAACCUUAUACGCUUGUCUGUUUUUUCCAGCAGAAUAUGAAUAGGUACUAUAGUUUCUACUGUAAUUACUAAAUGUUUUUAUGUAUCACAUCAGUUCCUUACAUUUCAUUAAUGGCCUUUUAUUCUAACCGAGUAAAAAGGAUCACUUCUUAUUUGAAUUAUGAAAAAAAGGGAUCUAUUCUUGCACAGUUUUUCCAAUGAAAAUUUGUCCACAAUUUUGAUUAUUUGGCUUAAAAAAAAGUAAACCGGUAAACUGCAACAUUGCUGUUUAUCUGAAUACUUAGUGUAAUGAUGAAGUAUGCAGCAUUACAUGCUUGUAUUUCUAGAAAAAUGGUCUUUAAAGAGUCUAGAUGUCAGGUACGGAAAUAAACGUUUCUUUUUAUUUUCUAAAGAAUGUGAUUUGUAUGUUGACAUUAACAUGAGAAUAAAACUCAUUUUUCUGUAUCACAACA